AUGAUCUCAGCUCAAGAGUUUCUUCCCUUUCUUAGCUCAGGGAUCCCUAUGGACCGCCGCGAAGAGGUUCGCCGUCAGCGUAUCGAGUCAGAGCAGCGUCGCCGCGACGAGCUUCGGGAUGGUUACCGCCGGCUCAAGGACGUGCUCCCGGUGUCUAACCAGAAGUCAGACAAGGUCGCGCUACUCGAUAGAGCCACGACGCAUAUUCGCUACCUCGAAAUUUCCCACAUACAGCUCUCAACUCGUCUCCAGCACGCCGAGGAGGAGACGCUACGUUUACGCAAGCUCUCCGAGAGGCUCAUGUUCAGCACUGCCGAGCAACAGACAGUGCUUCUCAAGCAGCAGCAGGCUGGCACUGUCUGA